AUGACAUAUCAAGCAUCGCAGUUAAAACCUUUUGUGACUUAUCAAGAUGAGUUAACAUAUAGGGAUGGUCUGAUACUCAAGGGCGGAUGCAUUGUCAUCCCAGAAAGUCAUAAAGCCGAAAUGCUCAAACGCAUACAUGAGCCACAUAUGGGGAUUGUCAAAUCAAAGCAAUUAGCCCGUGAUAUCAUAUUUUGGCCAGGUAUGAGUAGCCAAAUAGAAGAUAUGGUGUCGCGUUGUGCCACAUGUCAGAGUUCUAGCAAAUUGCCACCAGCUGAACCAAUGAUACCGCAUGACAUUCCAAGCAUUCCAUGGGCCAAAGUUGCAUCUGACCUAUUCGUAUACAAGGGAAGAAAUUAUUUGUUAUCUGUUGAUUAUUAUUCAAAGUUUCCAGACAUGUAUUUGCUCCCCAAUACAUGUAGUCAAUCGGUAAUCUCUGCAACAAAGUCAAUGUUUGCACGUUUUGGAAUACCGAAAGAAGUUGUUACUGACAACGGUCCUCAAUUCUCAUCGCACGAGUAUGCAUAUUUUGCAAAACAAUGGGGAUUUUGUCACACAACCUCAAGUCCAGGUUACGCGCAAGCUAAUGGUCAAAUAGAACGCACAGUUCAGACCGUGAAAGAGAUGAUAAAGAAAUGUGAAGAAACAGGGCAUGAUCCAUAUAUUGCUCUACUCAACUUUCGAAACACACCAGUAGACACAGUAAAUAAAUCGCCAGCACAACUACUGCAAAGUCGUAGACUAGCAUCAAAACUGCCUGUCACUGAAGAGUUGCUCAAACCAGAAGUCGUUGAAAAUGCACAUGCAAAGCUCAGACAACGCCAGAUGACUCAGAAGUAUUAUUACGAUAUACGUGCAAGUACAACUAAACAUGCAUUCCAGCCAGGACAUAAUGUGAGAUUACGUACAUUGAAGGGAGAAUGGAAGUACGGUACAAUCCAGAAUAAAUGUCAAAAUGUACCACGCAGUUACAUAAUAGAAACUCCUGAGGGCAAAUUAUUCAGACGUAAUCGUCGCCAUGCAUUCGAAACCCGCGAAGCUACACCAACUACUCCACGUGAUCAGAAUAUGCGCAUUGAUAUUAACUCUAGUGACAAUCAUAUGAGUGAUCUAAGCAAACCUUAUAUUCAUGUUGAGAAUUCUUUUAGCACAAAUAAGAAUGACAAUUUACAUGACACAAAACAGCCUGAUAACUAUGAUAAUUCAGAGUUGAAACCUACCGCUAACACAACGGAAACUAAAGUUUUCACUAGAUCGGGUAGACUCAGCAAACCACCUCGUAAGCUAGAUUUGUAG